CCGGGUGGGCGUGGGAGGGGCCCGGAGUGCGCGUGCGCCGCGGAGCCCGAGCUGCGGGAGGAGGCGGGAGCUGUGGAGGCGGCGGCGGAGGGGGCGGGUCGCGUCGGGCGCCACGUCCGCAGCCCGAGGCCGCCGCUGCAGCCCGCGGAGUCUUCUGGCUCCACCGCCGGAGGAGGCGCCGCCGGAGCCCGCGGUCGCCCGGGUCCGUGUCGCUCGCCGCGCCGCGCCGCCUCUCCGCGGGGCCGUCCGCUCCCUCCGCCCGGCCGCGGCCACAGGUGCGGGCCCCGGGCCCCCGGCGGAGAUCAUGAAUCAGGCGGAUAAAAAUCAACAGGAAAUCCCAUCGUACCUUAGUGAUGAGCCACCAGAAGGUUCAAUGAAAGAUCACCCACAACAGCAACCAGGCAUGUUGUCCCGAGUGACUGGGGGUAUCUUCAAUGUAACGAAGGGAGCAGUUGGUGCUACCAUUGGUGGAGUGGCUUGGAUUGGUGGAAAGAGUUUGGAAGUUACCAAAACAGCUGUUACAACUGUGCCUUCCAUGGGAUUAGGGCUGGUGAAAGGGGGUGUGUCAGCUGUGGCCGGAGGCGUUACAGCUGUUGGGUCCGCUGUUGUAAACAAAGUGCCCUUAACAGGAAAGAAGAAAGACAAAUCUGACUAAAAUCUGGAGAUACAUUUGUUCUUCACAGCAUUAUGAUGCCAGUGGCAUUGAAUUGCUAAGUUAUGGACUAUAACCAAGUCACCUGUUUUGGACCUUUAUCUUCUAAACUGCUGUGUUGAAAGUAUUGAUGACUUGCUUUCAUCUAAAAAGAAGAGACCAGUACUAGCACAGUGUUGUGAAGGUUUCUUGAACUGAAAUUCCAGCUUUUUAUCUGGUAAAAUGUUACGUUCAGUUGUAACUGAAGAUAUGGCGUAUUUGAAUAUUUACUCUUAAGUCUUUCAGUUUUAAAAUGUGAAAGUUGAAUUUUAGUGGAUUAUCUUUACAGUUCUUUAUGUAUAAUGUGCCAGGUAACUCAUCUGCCCCUUGAAAAGGGAACCUUGAACUACAUAAACUGUACCUUUGAUGUGCCUAAUAGUUUCAUAUGUCUUAGUUUUUUUUUUUUUAUAACCAUAGUUAAUUAGGCUGAGAGGCUUUUUUGUUGUUAUUUAAGAUGGCAAUGUAGCAAGAAUUAGGGAAGUUUAAAGAUAAAUGGUUAUAUGAUACUGAAUUUUACACAUCUUUUGUUAGAUAUUCAUUGUGUUAAUUUAAUCAUUGAUGCCUUACAAAAGAAAACAUCUUUUCUGAUACCUUAAGUAUGUGCAGUUCUUGAAUUUAUAUGGAUUCUUUUUAAAGGUUGCUUUGUUUUCCCUCUUAAGGAUCUCAGGAGUAGUGGGAUGUAGGCAUUUCUUGCUCUCAGCAGAUAAAAUAGUGCUUAUUAACUGCUAGUAGCUAUUAUCAAAUUAUACACUUCAAUCUGGGUUUAUUCUCCAUGGUUAAUACACCUCACAGUGCCUACGGAGCAUUGCUGGUCAGAAGCUAUAGGGAAAAGUUGUAGAUGAAGAAGGAAUACUUUUUAGUUCUUAAAAAUUACUGAAGGCAUCCAAGAUAUACAAAUAAUCUUUCAUGCCUUUUUAAAUCUCUAGGAUAACAUUAGCUUUACUAACUACUUGUGUAUGUGUGGGGUGUAUGUGUAUGGGGGAGCCUCCCAAGCAGAACUCAGGGGGCCUGGGAGCCACUCCAGCAACACUCAGCUUGGCUUGUUUGUGAGUCAGUGCUAGAGCCCAGUAUACCUGGAGCUACCAGAACCACACCUGGCAGUGCUCAGGGAGCCAUGCGAUGCUGGGGACCACACCUGGGGCUUUGUGCUCCAGUCCCUUGAGCUAUCUCUUAUCAGUCCUAGUGGUUUGUACUUUUAAAAAAUGACCACAAAUAUAUGAUGGCUGACUGAAAGGAAAUGAAAUGGGCUCCAUAGAUUAGUUUUGAACAUUAUAUAUGCAUACACACACACACACACACACACACACACACACACACACACACACAUUGCGUGUGCGCUUUCAAUGGUUUGUAUCUACUAGGCCAUUUAAAAUCCUUUAGUCUUUUAAAGACUAAAACGUUUUUUAGUAGUAUAUUUCAAAUCAACUUUAGGCAGGGAAUUGAAGUUUUGAUUAUAAAGUGUGUCAUGUCUUAUUAAGAUGUUUUAUCAUGUCGUUUAGCCUCAUAGAACAUUAGCUGGAAUUAUUUUUGUCUCAUGCUCAGUUUCAUAAAAAUGGAACCAGUGGUGGGGCUGGAAGCAGGGGUUGAGGUGCUUGCCUUGCAUGCAGCUGAUCUGGGUUGGAUCCCCAGCACCACGUGUGGUCCCUGCGCAGCACUAGCCAUCACGCCAGGUUGGGUGUGGCCCAAAUCCACCCAGACCCCCUCCCCCCCAAAUGUAACAAGUGGCAUGGAAGGAAGAUAUAUCCAGGUCUAAAAUUGUUUAUACUUAAAUCUGGAAAUUUGCCUCCAUUCUGCAAACUUUUUUUUUUCCCUUUUGGUUUGGGAAGAGAAGAAAGGAGGCGAUGCACUGGAUUAUACAGAUCAAAAUACAUUACUUUAGAACUUAAAACAGUAAACUCCAACACCAAGGCAUGAACGAAGAGUUCUGCAUUAAUAUUAUGUAUCAAUAAAAGAACAUUACUUUUAAAAGCAUUCAUAAAUACCAGCAGGGAUUUUAAACAAAUUUAUAGAAGUUCUUGGACUUUUCUACUGUAUACAAAACUGAAAUUAGGAAGUUCAAUACAUCAGAAAUUAAAUGGAUGUUUAUUUCAUUCAGUAUGAUUUAAGGUAUAUUUAUUUGUUGGUAUAUAAGUUAAGUGUCAAGUUACUAAAGGGGACCUUUAAAAAAAGGACAAAAUAAAUGAACACUAAAUAAUGAUAUAAAUAUUGGUAUUAGAGAGCUUGUUUCCUGCUAUUUGAAAUUGUUGCUUCAUUGCUAGUUAAUAUUUCUAAUUUAUCUUCUAUAGUCAUAGGCUCUGCUUUGUACCUGAAUUUCUAAACAUAGAUUUUAGAUUAAUGUACACUUGCAUAUUUAUUUACAACUUUGUCUUUAAAAUUGUCAAGGAAAAGUAGUUGUAAUGAAUCUCUGCUACAGAAAAAUCACCUGGUAUAUUUUAUCAAGUUUGUUUAAUUUUAAACUAUAACUUUUUCCAGUAGAGGUUUUUGCAGCGAUAGCAGAGAACUGUACAAAUGAAGAGUUCGUUUUUUAGAGGUACUUGUUGAAAUGAACUUUCCACUUAAUGAUAUUCAGCAUACAUGAAUAUUUUUCAUUUUAUUUUCAUAGACUUAGAAAUUUGACUUAUUACACAAUACUUGUUCACUUCAAGAAACUAAGGUUGUUGUAUACACCUGGAGGUGUGUCUGUUAUUCAGCUUUUGAGUAGAUACUUGGCACAGUGAGGAUAAAACUUGUGGCCCACUUGAAUGACUGCUCUAAUAAUGUUGAUGUUAUGAAUCCUGUACUUAGUGAAAUGUCAGAUGAAAGUAACUGAUUGAAUACUUUUUUGUAUUAAAGGAAUGGGAAAACAUAAAUCUGUUAAUAAAGCACUAUGAUCUACAAAAGA